GAAUUAUCAACACACACAACAAAAUUGAAGAGAAAUUUUAAUUACCAUUCACUUUGCAGCUGGUUGAUCUUAUAGCAUUAUGGCCGAUCUUCGCUCUUCCCUCAUCAUUAUGCUCUCACUCAUCACUCUAUCAAUCUCUGUAGAUGCACGACACCUUCUGGAGACAGAAUUGCCUGAGGUACCUGAGCUUCCCAAGCCUGAGUUGCCAUCAUUGCCUAAAGUUGAGCUUCCACCAUUACCUGAAGUCUCCACCUUUCCUAAACCUGAACUUCCCAUACUGCCAAAACCUGAAUUGCCUGAGUUGCCAAAGCCUGAAUUGCCAGCUUUUCCCCACUUGCCUGAGUUGCCAAAGCCCACAUUGCCUUCUAAGGACACAAAACCUCCUCAAUCAACCACCAGUCCUUAAACAACUACACCAUAAGUGUUUCUAUAUUUGAUCUCACAGUGAUGACUUCAUCUUUCGCAUUGAUCAGUAUCAUUUAUAUCUUCUUUUACAUAUACAUGAUUAAUUUGCAGUGAGUGGUAGUCCUAUAAUAUUUCUGUUUCAGUUGUUUGAAUGAUGUAUCUUGUGAGUUCAUUUUCUAUAUACUGAGUUGAUCCAGCUUAUUUAUUU